AACCGCACAGCAUGAGCCACGUCUGAAUUCUACAGGGGAAUCUGGGGGUCAUCCAGCAGGAAGCACUCGAAGGGUCAUAAAACACUCUGAAGGAUUGUGCGUGGCCAAUGAGCUGAUCUUCUCCGAGAAAUUCACCAGCUUGUACCAGAAGAUAUACAUUUCCUUCUACAUCAUUUGCCUCCUCGCUGUGUUUACUCUAUACUUCUUUAUUUACCGUUCCGUGGCAGAGAGAAGAGAAUGGCGACGGAAGCAAAAGUCGUUCUCCCAUUCGCCUCUGACGGCUGUGACAGCUGUGGUAGGCGUCGACAGCUGCAAUAAGCCGAAGGAUGUGUCUUGUCGUGGAAAUGAAACUGUGGAACUGGCUCCACAAAACAGCUCUAACGAAGCUUCCAACUCUGACAGUAAACAGAAUGGUAGUGGAAAUGAUUCCAGCGAGCCGACUGGUCGCACAAGACCUAGCUCCAACAAGUCCGCUGCAGCUUCGACUGCCUCCAAAAACUGUGGUCAUGAAAACGGGGUGGAAUCCAUGUCAGAUAAGAAAACAAACAGAGAAAGACGAGACUUUAACUUUCUGGCCAACAUCCGCACAGCCAUCAUGCUUUUCGUGGUCACUCUUGUAUUCAUCAUUAGCUUCUUGCCUGCUUGGCUCAUGGCAACCAACAUCAUCCACUUUGAGAUCGUCAUUUUUUACAUGCAUUUUAUCUACAACGUGGCAAAUCCUGUCAUUUAUGCCUUCAUGAACCAAUCCUUCCGAAAGGAGCUCAAGCGACAAGAAGAGAAACGAUUGAAAACAAAUCAAGAAAAGAUAUGA